AUGAGUGUACAGUAUUCAAUCUUGUUCAUUACCAGUCAAUAUUUAACACUACUCUGGUAUAAGUACAGUAACACCAACUCAAGAUGCGCAUUAUUCCAGCACAGUAAAUCAAGAAAGUGCCUCUUCUUCCUCAAGGGAACCAGGGCCUUCGAAACGAGUAGCUUGUGCCCAAACAAGAAAGCAAAAGUACCUGUUUACAGCCCUGAUGAAAGAGUUGAAAACUUUGUAAUCAAGACGUCCUUACCUAAUGUUUGUAACAAUCAACAACUUGUUCAGUAUAUCAAGAAUCUAGCAGAUUAUACCGCUAAAGUUUUAUUUGUGGGAUCCCUUUUUGCCAAUUUCAUCUUCAUCAAACUGCUCGAUGACGAUCAGGCUAUUCCAAUUAUUGAACAAAGUUUAUUCACAAACAUAUUUGCGGUAAUGACUGGAAAUGGAAAGAAAGCACCACACUAUCUCAAAGAAUACUUCACUCUUUUCUGUGAAUUGACAACUAUAGACCGCGACUCUUUAAAAAGUAUAAAUUACUCAAUUAUUCUUUCCAUCGCUGGUAAGCAAUACGAAAUCCUGGUUAAAAAUCACAUUCACGAGACACACGAACGAAGAUCGAUAAUGCAUUUUCUGAAUAUGAUGUAUGACAACAAUUCAAGUAAUUGUUGUAAAGAUCUCCCAGUGGCUUCCAGAAAAGCAUUGGCAUAUUUCAUUUACAAACAAAAACAAGGUUCAGAGCCAUCUUGGCCAUCGUCUGUCCCAUGUAAUAACUACUAUAAAAAAAUCGCUGAAAGCAUAGCAAACAUGUGGUCUAAAUACCAACCAGAUCAAUAUGAUUCCGAUACGCUUUACUCAAAACCUCACCUGUUUUUCAAAUGGUUCUACUUUCUGUCGCAAGAAGUGCAAAAAAAAGCUUUUAUUAUGGAAAACGUACCCUCAAGAGUCGUCUCCAAAGCGUACGUGUAUCGUAAGCUCAGAGAGCUUCCAUUCACUGAUGUUUUGAACAAAAAAAAAAGCUUAAUUCUUUAA